AUGUACCAUAGAGGAACUAACUUUGGUCGCACAGCAGGUGGACCUUAUAUGACAACAUCUUAUAACUAUGAUGCAUCGAUCCAUGAGUAUGGGAAUUUGAAUCAACCAAAAUUGGGACAUCUUAAGCAACUUCUUGCAGCAAUUAAAUUAAGCAAAAAUGUUAUUACAAAUUAUAUAUCAAUAAACAACACGGAUCUGGGUAAUAGGAUCACACUUACAACAUAUGCUAAUUCCACUAAUGCAAGAUUUUGUUACCUGAGCAAUAACGACACUACCAAAGAUGCAAAUGUUGACUUACAAAAUAAUGGUAAAUACUUUGUUCCUGCCUGUUAUAAUGGGCUCAAUUGGGAAUGGAAAAUGGAGCCAAAGAAAGACCCAAUGCACGGAAAGGGAAAUAUUAAAGCACACCAGCUUUUGGAGCAAAAGGAACUAACCUUGGAUGGUAGUGACUAUUUAUGGUACAUGACUAGUGUUGAUAUUAAUGACACGUCAAUUUGGAGCAAUGCAAAACUCCCUGUGAAUACUAUGGGCCAUACACUUCAUGGUUAUGCUAAUAGGAAGUAUAUAGGAUACCAAUUUAGCCAAUGGGGAAAUAAAUUCAAUUAUGAAAGGAAAGUUUCUUUGAAGAAUAUAACAAACAUUAUAACUUUGCUUAGCGCCACCGUCGGGCUUGCAAAUUAUGAUUUGUCAACCAACCUUUGGUCUUAUAAGGUUGGUUUGAACGGUGAGAGGAAACGUUUAUAUGAUUUGAAAUCACAUGUUGGUGUAUCAUGGAACACUAAUUCAUCCCAUAUUCCUAUUGGAAAACCUAUGACUUGGUAUAAGGCAGAGUUUAAAACUCUUUAUGGAAUAAACCCUAUUGUGGUGGACUUCCAUGGCCUGGGUAAAGGACAUGCUUGGGUGAAUGGACAUAGCAUUGAUCGUUAUUGGCCUUCUUGGUUUACAUCUACAAAUGGAUGUAGUGACACAUGCGAUUAUCGUGGAAAAUAUGUAAAGAAAAUGUGCAACACCAAUUAUGGAAGUCCAUCGCAAAGGUGGUACCAUGUACCAAGGUCAUUCUUGAAUGAUGACAUGAACACAUUGGUGUUAUUUGAAGAAAUAGGUGGAAUAAAUAAUUAUGGAUUUAUAGUCAUAAAAGAAAUGUUUAGUGUUCUACUUGGUGUAACAAAUAGUAUAGCUAGAUUAGCGGUGCAGGUGACAUGUUAA